UAGUAGUCACGGAAUGAGAGCCGACUUUAAUUUUUGGACGCGUUCGAUCAAAAGUAGUAUUUGUGGCUGUUGUGGGAAUUGAUGCCAUGAGGCUCGGAUGUGGACCGUCACAGGCUGAAGAUACACGACGACGAGCGCCCUUCCUUCACUCUUGUUUUCCUGUGCUGGCUGCCGAAUCUUGGCCAUUCUGUAGCCGUUAUCAUCGCUGUUACGUCUCAGGCUUCUGAUCCCCAUCCAACUACUCGUGUUCAACACGUUGCCUCGCACUUUCCUUUCCGGUCAGAAAUCUUGUAUGGCUGUAGCCCAACGUGUAUAAAACGAGGGUCCGACAAUGCAUCGAUUUCGCAAAAAGUCCGACGCGAAGAGAGUUUGCACUCCAGCUCUUCACACAGAGAUUACCUUGGAUCCCCCUGGCCAUUUACCAGAGCUACCGCUGACUAGUGACUUUCGCACGUCACUUAUACUUCCAGAUCUUUCUCGCAGAUUCAGUGUUCUCCGCUCAUCGUCCGGCGCGCCUCUCUCUGCCGACGCCCUUCGUUCAAAACUUGCAGAGCAGAGGGCUAGGGGAUUAGAGAAUCAGGUUACGGAAGAAGAGGAGGAUAUGAUUCUCGAAUCAUUGGGCCUUGGUCGGUCACGACCCUCAACACCUGCAAGGUCGCAAGAACAAGCCUCAGAUGGUGGCGCACGUCAGUCCUCUCAUUCUUCAACGACCAUUGGCUCCUCGUAUUCGCCCUCGUCGUCGAGUAGAGCUGGUUCCAUGAAGCGCUACAGCAACAAUCUUUUUGGCUCUGGAAAACUUCGCGAUUACACUUACAUGCGCACUGCCCAUAACAAAUCUCAUUCGCGCGCUCAGACUUCCAUGUCGUCUGCAGAAACUUCUUACAAGUCGAUCCCAUCCUCUGAAGGCAUGCAAUCUUCAACGCCACCGGAUACAGGCUCCGACCAACCCCAAAUUCGCUCUGCGCCCUUGCUUGCACCCACUCCUUACAACGAGCAAAUACCCGAAUCGCCAGAUAUGGCGUUGUCAUGGACAUUGGGAGCAUCUGCAUAUAAACGUGCGUCGAUGGCAUUGCAACAAGCAAUUAGCGAAAUGGAGGAAGAAGAACCAGAGGAUGAAAUCGUGUUACCAAGGUCGGCGCCAAUUGUGCGUUCGAGUGUUGACCAUCGUCGCUCACCGGAAGUUAUGAGAACCAGUGACCCACCCACUUUCGAGGCAGGCAUGGCGAUAUCUUCGGACAAACAAAUCCGCACUGAUGAAGAACGUGCAUCUCCCAUUCCUUCUCGUACACUUCCCGGUUAUAUACCCGGCAUGCCGAGACCGAUGACUCCUCAUGAAAAUACUGAUUCUGAAGAGCAGCGGCCUUAUUCUACUACCCCUCGCGCAGCCUCUCCUCCAUCCUUACCAGCCCGUGUCGACUCUCCUUCCCCUAUAUUCCCGCCUAGUUUAGUAUCUGGUCUUUUCAGACAAAGUUCGACCUCAUCACCGUCAUCUUCACGGAGACAGUCUCCACGUCCCGUUUCACCUUUGACCUCAGCGCCUUUGUUUCUCCAGCGUAGUGUCAACGGCAGACAGACGCCUGAUGAACCGCCAAGGUCGGUGGAGGUUUCUGUUGAUUCAGAAAAGUCUCUUACUUCGUUAAUGCUUGGACGCAGACGGGCUGCUUCGCCCCUUUCCACGGCCACGUACCAGCCAAUGACAGCCACUUCUCGGCCUGGUACUCCGUCUAACGGUGUAUGGUCGCCACCCGUUUCUCCUGGACCCAAGUCGUCGUGUGGGCAUAGUAGAAAUGGUAGUUGGUUCAGUGAUGCAAAUAGUAGCGCAGAAGUUCCUGGCUCGUUCGAUCAGUCGAACAGAGGGGCCACACGAUCUCUCAAAUCCCCCGCGCUUCCUGAUUCCCCCUUGAUCGAUCGUGGACACAAUACAUUGGAUUCUAUCAGCUCGAGCUACUCUUCGUUUUCCGACAAACGUCCUGGUUCGCCCAUGUCCCUUAUGGAACUCGCUCCAUCUAGCAGCAAAGUUGUACGAUCGCCAACGCCGACACAGGGCACGCGUUCUCCGGCUUCUCCUACAUUCUCCGGUGGUGGAAUGUCUCCCCGCAAUGGCAGUAGACGGUCGUCCAGACAGAAUGGCACGUCGAACCCUUUCAAUUUUGGACCUAACAAUCCUCUUGUGUUUUCGCCCAUUGCCAGCUCCUCGCGGUCAUCGCUGGAAUCUGCAGGUUCUAGCUAUCAUUCUUGGGAAGGAGACUACAAAGAAAACAGCAUGUCACUAUUUAAUGAUACUGACCCCCAGCAACCCGCUUGGCAUGAUGUAUAUGUUUCCGACCAAUCCACCUCCAUUACUCCAGGCAGUUCCCCUAAUGACGAGUGGGAUGCUGAAGAAAUCAUUCGCAGAUAUGCAGGGUUGAAAAAAGCGGACUUCCUCGCCAUUCAAGAAAAGCUUGUGGGUGUGGCAGUCGCUAAGCUCACACCUUCGUCAUCAUCAGAAAGUUAUAACCGUGCUCCAUCGUUACGAAGACGACGUCCGUCCACCGCACAGUCGAACUAUUCUGUCAAUGGCAGAAUCGGAAGUCCCGCACAAUCACAGCCUUCGGCGUCCCCGCCCAAUGAGGGAUUGGCCAAAACGUCGAAACCUACCGUUGAUGUCAGCAAGGUUCCAUCACCUGAACCGGUAGAUACAACCGUGACAAGCGGGGACGUAUCCCCAACCACUCGGAAGAAUCGGGAUCUCGCACAUGUUCUUUUUGGAUAUGAUGACGAAGCCGAAGGGUACGACAGCUCUCCGACGCCCAAACCCAUGGUUCCCGUUGCGCAGAAAGAACCCGUGGAUAAUAUCCCGGUCCUGACUUCUCCAUUACCAUUAAACACAAACACCCCUCCAGCUCCGGCUCCAGAGAACACUCAAUUUCUAUCGCCGCCUACGUCUCCGUAUAUUGUUACGCAUAAUUCUUCUUCGAAGUUGCCGCAGUCUCCGGAGGCGGAAGCAGAGCUGGCGCGCGAGGUGCAGCGUAGGGCCGAGGCAGCGAUGUUAGCCUUGAAGAAGCCGGGUCCUCCAAAGUCCUCUGAAGGGCUAUCUUCAUCUGGGUCCGUUUCUCGCAAACGUGUUUCGCCCCAUCAAAUUUCAACGCCUACUCUGGUUUCGGCUUCCACUAGUGUUGAUACGAUACCUCUACGAGCUCCAUCAAUUUCAGCUUCUCAGCCAGGUCCUUCCAGGAUUGGCAGCCGUUUUAGAAAGCUGAGAGGAACUCUUCGAAAAAACAACAUACCCACCGGGGAGGAGGUGACGCCUUACCCGUUAGUCGUUCCACCACCUAUCCAAACCACCGGGUAUGAACCGGAUCGGCUAAACCCCGCAAUUGACGGAAUUGGCGUCAUGAGUGCUACUGAACCCAGAUUCAAAGUACCCGUUUCCAGUCCUCCGGCUACAGCUGGACCAGGACUGAAGGGCUUCAUUUCUCGUCUUCGCAAUAAGCCACGAACGAUAGACCCUAGUCUCCAGUACGUUGGCCGACAUUCCCCUCAAUUAUCUGUGUCUUCUUCACUUCGUCGGACCGAUUCGAGUGCGCCGCGAAACCUCCACGAUACAAGUCCAACGACUCCGCGAGUCCCUCAACAAUCACCGCUAACCCUGCCACAGGGUAGCCAAGAACCCGUGGAUCCUGACGAAACCGUCGCUCUAAGACAACUUUUUGAUGCAGCUCAUAACCUGGGCCUCGACGAACAGAAAUUGAAUGACCUUCUUCUAGUUCGUUCUGGAUCGACAUCCUCCAGGACUUCGAAUUGGCCGUCGACAUUGACGAGAAGCAAUUCAAGCGCUGCGGCGUUUGUCACACCAGACGGUCGUCGUCCCACUCAAGUUAGAGACAAUGAACGUCCAGUAACUACUGGUGUCAAUUCCCGUACCGUAGAUGAUAAAGGUCCUUCUCGGGCGCCUUCACUUCGAAAACAACCCGAUCAUCUUCGUCGCCCUCGAGAAGGACAGAAUGAGCGUGACCCUGCUGUCAGUGCUGUCAUACGCCGUACCAUAAUCGUGCCGUCGGAUAGCAGAGCUUCGACUGUAGAUAUCAAUGCCCUGCUCAGGAAGAAUUCGUCUCGCCGGCGCAGAGUCAGUGCUGCCUCGAUCUCAGGACGGUCGAUUCAUGAUCGGGUACCUACUCCCCCACCACGUACUGCAGGUCGGAGGUAUUCCAAAGAUACCUCCCCUCCGGUCCCGCAGCUUCCACAAGCCGUUCCACAAGCCGUCUCAGUCUCGGGAAAAAGCCAUUUGAAUGUUCCAGGCGACAACAAACCAAACGCGCAGUCAUCGGCCCCGAAUGAAAGGGCAGGUCCUAGCGAAGCGACCGGUCCGUCCAUCGAAGUUAUAGAACUUGCCAACGGAGAGACUAUAUGGUCAAUUGUAAAUGGUCUCCGAGACGAUGACUCGGAGUCUCUUUAUGCCUCUCGAACCAGCCUGGCCUCGGAAUACGAUGUCCAUGAUGAAGACAUGCAAGUUUACGUUAGAGAGCAUCUGAGGAAAAGUGUCGCCUCUAAUUAUUCCCCCCAAAAACCUCAAGGAAAGUCAUCCCGUCCUGAGACCAAGGUUUUUUAUAGUUCAUCAGCUCAAAUUGGACGCCUCAUCGAGAACAUCUCACAAGGUAUGGAGGCCGGAUCCUUCAACUUCCGCACGGCAAAUCCCCCGGUCCACUCCCCUUCAUCAUCGUUAUCAACCUUUGACAAUGGCUGGACGGUAGAAGAAAGACUAGACCAUAUGAUUGGCUCCAUGAAGGGAGCGUAAACUCGAAGGGUUUUUUUGCGGCCUUAUGUAUUUACUGGGAUCUGGACUUGUUUGUUUUGCAUAUCUAUUCCAUUUUAAUGUCCACAAAGUGACGGAAACUAUAAUAUAUAUAUAAUGUACAAGGUAUCUUUACAUUCCAUGCAGGUCAAUCCAUCGAUUCAGCGCAA